CUGAGUCCGGAGAGACACACGUUAUCAGGGAGGCAGCUGAAGGGCCAGUCAUCUCCUAACAUCUUUUCUGCGUCGACCACAAUCCCCUUCAUCCUUCCUGUAUGGUGGAUAUUAUUUUCAGCUCUUCUUUCUUGGGUGAUAUGGGGGAUCAUUCCAAAAAGAAGCCAGGAAUCGCGAUGUGUGUCGGAUGUGGAAGUCAGAUCCAUGACCAGUACAUACUGAGAGUCUCUCCCGACCUGGAGUGGCAUGCAGCCUGCCUCAAGUGUGCGGAGUGCAGCCAGUACCUGGACGAGACCUGCACUUGUUUCGUCCGGGACGGAAAAACGUAUUGCAAACGAGACUAUGUAAGGCUGUUUGGAAUAAAAUGCGCAAAAUGCAACCUGGGAUUCAGCAGUAGUGAUUUAGUGAUGAGAGCUCGGGAUAACGUGUACCACAUCGAGUGUUUUCGGUGCUCGGUGUGUAGCCGGCAGCUGCUGCCGGGAGACGAGUUCUCUCUGCGGGAAGACGAGCUGCUGUGCCGGGCGGACCACAGCCUGCUGCUCGAGAGGAACUCUGCAGGAAGCCCCCUCAGCCCCGGACACAUCCACCCCAACAGACCGCUACACCUGGCAGCAGACCCGGUAUCGGUGCGGCAGGCCCCUCACCGGAACCACGUGCACAAGCAGUCUGAGAAGACGACGCGGGUCCGGACGGUGCUGAACGAGAAGCAGCUGCACACCCUGCGGACCUGCUACAACGCCAACCCGCGGCCGGACGCGCUCAUGAAGGAGCAGCUGGUGGAGAUGACCGGCCUGAGCCCCCGGGUCAUCCGGGUCUGGUUCCAGAACAAACGCUGCAAAGACAAAAAAAAGUCGAUCCUGAUGAAGCAGCUCCAGCAGCAGCAGCACAGUGAUAAGACUGUAAGCAUCUUCAACCUGCAGGGCCUCACAGGGACACCUUUGGUGGCGGGGAGUCCUAUCCGACAUGAGAGCACUGUGCAGGGGAACCCGGUGGAGGUUCAGACCUACCAGCCUCCAUGGAAAGCUCUGAGUGAGUUCGCCCUGCAGAGCGACCUGGACCAGCCCGCCUUCCAACAACUGGUGUCUUUCUCUGAAUCGGGAUCUCUCGGGAACUCCUCGGGAAGCGACGUGACUUCUCUGUCCUCUCAGUUACCGGACACUCCCAACAGUAUGGUACCCAGCCCGGUGGAGACGUGAAACGGGGCCUCUCAGACCUGCCGGGUCCUCUAUUCCUGCAGGGACAUUUGUAGCAUGAUCCCGGCCCCCUGCAUGUGACCAGCUCAUCACAAACUACGGACAGGAGAGAGCCUCCCCCCCCCCCCCCCCCCCCCAACAUGACAUGGAAAAGAAGAAACCAUCGAGUGACUCCCGUUUUUUUUUUCUUCUUUUUUUGUGGAGCUUUCAUUGACAAAAACUGAGCAGAUCAAUUUUUGCAUGACUUGAUGGAAAAAGAAGAUGUACAGAAGACUUCUCGAUGGAUAUACUACAAAAAACCUUUCCCCUGUGAAACAAACCGGAGACAUUUCCACGUCGAAACAGGACAUUUCUGCGAUUUCUUCAUUGUGAUCAUAUUGUGUCUAAUUUUUUUGAUACAUUUAUUGCGUUGUGGAGUCCAGUUGACUCUUUGUCUUAAGGUCAGAGCAUGAUAAUCUGCAAACUAUUCGUGUUGUAAAUACUUUAUCUAAAGGGAAGGAAGCAGGCUGUUUGAGCUUCUCGAACAAAAAGUAAAUUAUUGUUAUAUUAUUUAUUGUUAGGAAAGCGGUUCGUUAAGGGAUUAUUACCUGAUAAAAAAUAAAAAGAUGAAUACACUAAGUGUC